GUCUAGACAAAAAGUUUACCCAGACUGUUUCAGGGUUUAGUUAAAUUAGUAAUCGUUUAGUAAGUCUUUGGCAGUGUGUUGAUACAGUGUCAAAGACUACUUACUAAACCACUUACUGAACCACUAUCAUACAACACUUUCUGAGCAAAAAUUAUACAGUGACAAAUUACGUAAAACAGGCUUCAGAUGUCACUGUGGUUAAAAUGUAACUUGGUGGCCCUUGUAAUUGGUCAGUCACAGCACGAAUAUAUCAAAUUUCAACCUUCUCUGGACUUUUGGUCAGCCAGCUGUGGGUAAAUACUCUGCCUCAACUUAGAGGACCUCUUUUUACAGCUGCGGACACCUUCAGGUCCUCCACCGCCAGGCAUACAGUGACCAUGACCACUUUCGAAGACAUCUUAGAGGAGGCCGGCGCGUUCGGUCGGAGCCAGAUGCGAAUUGUGUCCAUUUUCUGUUUGGUCUCCAUACCGUUUUCUUUCGUAUACGUAGGGAUUGUUUUCCAGGGCUUCACCCCCGAACAUUGGUGCCGUGACCCAGCCGUCAGUGGGAUCCGGGAGAGAUGCAGCUGGAGCCUUCAAGACGCACGCAGGGCGACUGUACCCUUGAUGAACAGCUCCGUAGGGGUCACGUACAAUCAGUGUCAGAGAUUGGACAUGGACUGGAACGCCACCGGUCUAACCUGCGACAAUCCAGAAAGUGAGCUCAUCCAGGCCCAGCUUUCUACUCUACCCAUGACGGGCUGUACAGAUGGCUGGGAGUACGACUAUGAAGGGAGACAGUCGUUCGUGACUGAGUUUGAUCUAGUGUGUGCAGAUGCCUGGUAUGUUGACAUGUUCCAGGCCAUGCUCAGUGUUGGUUUCUUAGUGGGCAGCAUUGCAAUUGGAUACCUGGCAGACAAAUACGGCAGAAUGAAGAGUUUCCUAAUGACCAACUUCUUCAUCGGAGUAGCAGGGAUUCUGGUGGCCACGGCCCCUAAUUACAUCGCCCUGCUGGUGUUCAGAGUGCUCUUUGGCUUUGGGGUGAAGGGCGGCUGGAUGGUUGGAUACGUGCUAAUCACAGAGCUGGUUGGAGUGGAAUACAGGAGAACGGUGGGAGUGACCUAUCAGAUGUUCUUCAGCCUGGGCAUUCUCAUCCUUCCUCUCUUAGCGUACUUCAUACCAAACUGGCGCUGGCUACAGGUGGUCUUCACCAUACCUUACAUCUGCUUCCUGACGUACUAUUGGUUUAUCCCCGAAUCACCAAGAUGGCUCCUUAGCCAAAACAAGAGAAACGAAGCACUAGAGAUCACAAAAGCAAUAGCCAAGGAGAACAAAAAGACACUGUCCAAGAAUACUGAGACACUGACUGAUGAAAAUACAGACUCAAUCUCGACUGCGUCUUUCAUGGACCUGUUCAAGACUUCCAAAUUGAGAAAAUUCACAUUCAUCCUGAGCUUCAACUGGUUCACCAGUGCUGUGGUUUACCAGGGUCUCAUUAUGAGGCUGGGAAUCCUCGGAGGAAACGUGUACGUGGACUUCCUCAUAUCUGGAAUCGUGGAAUUGCCUGCAGCUUUCCUCAUCCUCCUCACUAUUGAGCGGAUCGGUCGACGGCUUCCUUUUGCAGCUGCAAAUAUCGUGGCAGGGGCGGCCUGCUUAAUCACAGCGUUCAUCCCCGACAGUAUGUUCUGGUUAAAAAGUGCUGUUGCUUGUGUUGGACGGCUGGGCAUCACUAUGGCUUUUGAAAUGGUUGUGUUUGUGAAUACUGAACUAUAUCCCACCGUUAUCAGAAAUCUGGGUGUUUCGGUCUGUUCCACACUGUGUGACAUUGGCGGGAUUAUAGCGCCGUUCCUGCUCUACAGGCUUGCUGUCAUCUGGCUAGAACUACCUCUCAUUAUUUUCGGUACAAAAACAGAACACAAACUGUGUUGUUUGUAUUGUCAGAUGUCACCAAAUGUACCUAAUUAACCUUGAGAUGCAGGAAAAUGACAUCCUGACAGCUGAUUGGCUGAUGGUACACACACACACACACACACACACACUCCCAAACACUUCACUAGAAACUAUCCUGAGGAGUGACAUUAAAAGCAGCAGAGAAAAAUAAAAGUUAUUUUCAGACUUUUAAAAGACCUAUAGUGAAAUUGGCAUUGGCAAAACGUGUAU